AUUCGAUCAAGUGAAUAACCCCGAAAGAAUAAAAACAUUAAAAACAAUUAAAAGAUGGCCGAAUCAGAGAACAAUUAUCAACAAAUAGUCAGAGACAUUCAGCUGAUGCUGCAGCAGCAGGAAGAAAACCAUCUGCGUCAGAUGCAGCUGCUGCAGCAGCAGCUACAGCAGCAACAGCAGCAACAGUUGCAGCAACUGAGGGAGGAGCUCCUCCCUCAGCAACGAGAAGGUCCUCGAUCGAGUGAGGAGCCCCUCCCUCAGGUGCAAGGGAUGGAUGCUAAGCAGGAGGAGGCGAAGCCGCCGCGAAAAAGAGGAGUAGCGGCAGGACGAUCCCGGCGUAUGCGGGGCUACCGGGGAGGUCAAGGAAGGGGGGAGGGAGGGGAAUAG